AUGGCGUCCAACAUUCCCGAGGAAACAAUCUCUCGUGAGGGUGGAAGCAGAGAACCUUCAGCAGGAGAAGGCCAAACAAAAGUCAAGCAUCGAUUUUCAGAGCCCUGGGAAGAUAGUGACCUGAUUCUUGUGGUGGAGGAUGAAAAGUUUCAUGUUCAUCGCCUGAUACUGAGCAUGAAAUCACCUGUGUUCAAGGCCAUGUUCAAAUCCCAGUUCAAGGAGGCUACCUCCAAAGAGAUUCCACUGCCUGACAAGAAAGCCGGUGAAGUUUUAGAUCUCCUAAAACUUAUUUACUUCAAGCACGUUAUACAAGAACCAGUGGAAAUAACUAUGUUGAACGUGGAACAUCUCCUUAAGCUAAGCGACGAAUACGAGAUAAAACACGUCUUUGAACCUUGUGUCAGUUUUGUUGAAAAGCAACCCAAAUUGAAACAAAACGUGAUGAAACUCCGAAAAAUGGCAGCCAUGUACAACCUUAACAGUGUGCUUGAAGGUUGUGAGGACUUGCUGCAGAACUUGAAGCUCAAGACACUUGGUGAAAUUGUUGAUUUCAAGGAUCUUGACAGAGACACCCUGCAGCAUUUCCUGGAGCAAAGGAUUGAGCGACUAGAAAAGUUCGUUGAUCAACUUUAUCCCGAGUAUAUGGCAGUGCUAGAGUAUGUGAUGGAAAAGCAACCGUAUGAUAUAUGCAACGAACAUUUUAUUAUCAAAGGUAAAUUAAAGAGCAAUCGCAGAAUUGACAGUGAAGUAAUCAGAGGAUGUCAAAAAUGUCGGCAAAAUAUAUCUCGUUCAUUCCAA